AUGAAGGCGGCGAACUCCAACAGAGACCAAUUCGCGAUCCUGCGCCGGACCAUGGUCGAGCAGGUGGCGCUCCACGCCGACCAUGUGAGCGGCAAGACCGGCCGCACCGCGAUCGCGAGCCCGGUCAUGGAGGCGAUUGAGCGGGUCCCGCGCCAUGCCUUCGUGCCGGUCGAGAUGACGCUCUACGCCUACCUCGAUUCGCCGCUCCCCAUCGGCUGCGGCAAGACCAUCUCGCAGCCCUUUAUCGUCGCGCUGAUGACCGACCUGCUGGAACUGGGCGCGGAAGACCGGGUGCUCGAAAUCGGGACGGGGCUCGGCUAUCAGGCGGCGCUUCUGGCGGAGCUUGCGGCCGAGGUGUUCACCGUCGAGCUGAUCGAGGAGUUAGCCCAGAGCGGGCGCCGCCGGCUCGGCGAGCAGGGCUACGGCAACGUGCAGUUCCGCGUGGGCGAUGGCAGCCUCGGCUGGCCCGACCAUGCGCCCUUCGACCGCAUCAUCGCAACCGCAGCCCCCGACCUCAUCCCGCCGGCGCUCUUGCAGCAACUCAAGACCGGCGGGCGCAUGGUGAUCCCGGCCGGGCUCGAGGACGACCAGCGCCUGCUACUGGUUACCAAGGAUGAGGGCGGGCGGUUCGAGACCGAGGAAAUUCUCCCGGUGCGCUUCUCCCAGCUGAUGAGCGCCGACGACGACUGA